AUGAACUCCAAGGAGAUCGUACAAGGGAAUAAGAGGAAAUCCACGGACGACGGCGUGACUGCGAUGUCGAAGAAGGUCAAGAGCGUGCAACAUUCAGAGAAGCACAAGCGAUUCGCGAAUCGAUACUACACAGCGUACAUGGGAUGCGCAUCCUACGAUGAAUUUGAAGGGGCAUUGCCUGAGGAAUACUGGAAGUCCAAGGAUCCGGGGACCUUCUCGAAACAAGACUUGGAUAGGCUCUUAUGUGAGGGGCAUAUUCCGAAGCUACACGCUCUGAAGCCACUUCAAGUCGUCACGGACACAAUCAGUUUCCUCGAAGAGUCCACUCCUACCCUUGACACCAAGGACGCCUCUCAACUGCGAGGCCAUGUGGAGAUCUUGAAGGCCGCCCCCCACGAAAUAAGCGUGUACAGGGCCGUGAUCAAGCUUACUGACCCUAUCAUAAAGGGUUAUCAUAAGCAUAUGCGGACUCGGAUGGACCAACUUGAAGUCUACAGUCGAGAAUAUUUUCAGGGAAGAUGUCCGAAGCUCGAUACGCUGGGACUUUUGGCUAAGGAGCUGGCUGAAGAGCACGAGCAAUUCGCGGAAGAUGUUAUUGCGCGGUGGGAAGAGAUCACUAAGCGGGAAGAGGUUACCGGUGGUUGA